GCGCACCUUCUUGAUUGCCCCACUCCUCUCCAUCUACCUGCUCUCCUCUCCUAUAAUUACACUUUUUACAGACAAACCCACAAACAAAGUUUCGCCAUUUUUUUGUUCUACGACCUCCAACCAUUUGGAUUUCAGAAGUAGCAGCAAGAAGCGAAUCAGAGGCCAUUCAAGUAUGAGAACCAGCAACCAUUUGAUUGGGCUUCUCAACUUCCUCACUUUCCUUCUCUCUAUCCCGAUCCUCGCCGGCGGGAUUUGGCUCAGCACCCAAGCCAACAGCACCGAGUGCCUCAGAUUCCUUCAGUGGCCCUUGAUCGUCAUUGGAGUCUCCAUCAUGGUCGUCUCUCUAGCGGGAUUCGCUGGCGCGUGUUACCGGAACACCUUUCUCAUGUGGCUCUACCUCUUCGUCAUGUUCUUCGUCAUCGUCGCUCUGAUUGCCUUCAUUGUCUUCGCUUAUGCGGUCACCGAUAAGGGGGCCGGCCGGACGGUGCCCAGCCGGACCUAUUUGGACUACUUUCUUGAGGACUAUUCCGGCUGGUUGAAGGACCGAGUUGCGGAUUAUGGCUAUUGGGUUAAAAUCAGCUCGUGUAUUAGGGAUUCCAAGGUUUGCAAUAAGAUGGGAAGAACCGUUGGGGGUGUCCCUGAGACUGUUGAAAUGUUUAGUCUCAGGAGGCUCAGCCCUAUUGAGUCUGGUUGCUGCAAGCCCCUUACAGAGUGUGGUUUUACCUAUCAAAAUGAGACUCUCUGGACUGGUGGAGAAGGGAUGGUGCCCUCCAAUCCCGACUGCACGAAGUGGAACAACGAUCAAGCGCAACUCUGUUACGACUGCAACUCAUGUAAAGCAGGCGUGCUGGCCACCCUCAAGAAGAGCUGGAGGAAGGUCUCCGUGAUCAACAUUGUUGUCUUAAUCAUUCUGGCGAUUGUUUAUGUGAUUGGCAUUGCAGCAUUCAGGAACAACCGACGCAUUGACAACGAAGAACCCUCCGGGGAAGCGCGGAUGGAAAAGGCACGACCCAGCUGGAUUCAUUCUUAACUAAUCUGUUGUUUGAGAUAUAAGAUUGUCAAUUGUCAUCACAUGUAUGCAUUUUGAGGCUUUGGUUCUUUACUUCUAGUGAUGUUUGGUAGCGUGAUCGUUUUCGGGUACUUCUGUAUAUGAUUGUUGUUGUAUCAUCUUACUGUCUUCCCUUCAGGCAACACAAGAACACUGCACAUCGAUUUUUUUUUCUCUUCUUUUUCCCCCAAAUCUGUUGGCCUGUAAUUUUGGGGCAUUUCAGAUGAUUAAAUAGGUAAAAAUCUGCCUCUUAUGGCUAACUAAAA